AUGCCAAAAGAGAAAGUUAUAAAGUAUAUCACUGACCUUCUUACUAGUAAAGGCUAUGAAUUUCUACUUUUGACACGGAAUUCGGUAGAGUCAACUAGUGGUCAAGAAAUAUUUACUAAAGGGUAUAUCACUGAAAAUAUAAGUAAUAAGUUACCUCCACAUUUAUUCGAUCUAAUAGAUAUAGCAAAUAUAGAAUAUAUUUCUCAAGGAUUGCGUGUUGAACGAAAUAAUGAAUUUCUCACAACGAUUUUACUGAAAGUUGAUAAUCAAAAUGAAAUCAAAAACUAUAUUUUCGAUUCUCUCAAAUAUUUAAGGCAAAUACCAUGCAAGAUGUUGGCAAAGUUGUGGAUUAAAUUUAUUGAACCUAAAAAGAAAAUACAAUACCCGUAUAUUGGCGGUGAUGACACCAAACCAAAUUGGUGGCCGACAAACAUACAACAUAGGGAACCGGAUCACCUCCAAAAACCUGAAAGGCUUGAAUUGAUGUAUCAUAUUCUGGUUCACGUUCUACCGGAUAUAUAUUCAUUAGAAUUUAUUAUUGAAUUGGAGGAAUUAUCUGUUACCGAAUCUGUUAUUAAGAAUGAUCCAAAGAAAAAGAAUAUAAUAAAAACAUUGUUCAACAUAACGGUCCAUCUUAAAAUCAUGGAAAAACGAGCUAUACCGGUAAUGGAUUUAAGCCAAAAUAAACAAAGAAAGAAAAAUAAUUCUCAAGUUAAUGCAUCUGAGCAAGGAAUGUUUCCUAUGAUAGUUCCCUCCUCGAAUGCCAAUGAGGCCUGUUAUUUAGGUGAAACUACUAUAAUUAACACUACGGCUGUUGAUCAGGACUUCAACAUAAUGGCAGACACAGACCCAAGACUAUUAUUUGAUUUUCUAAUAGGUAGUCCUUCAGAUUUCCCUGAUUUCCACGACGAUGCAUUACUUGAUUCAUCUAGUAGUAGUUUCUCCGCAACAGAUCAUCAAUGA